CCUGGAGAAAUGAGUACAUUCGGCAGCCCUGGGUCGCUGCCAACAACCAAGCCAACCCCGCCUCAGCGAGGGAGCUUCCCCUUGGACCACGAUGGCGAGUGCAAAAAGGCCAUGAUGAGCUAUCUCUCCUGCAUGAAGAAGGUCCGCGGCGUCAACGAGGAUGAGUGCCGCAACCUGGCCAAGGCAUAUCUCACUUGCAGGAUGGACAGAAACCUGAUGGCUCGCGACGAGUUCAAGAACCUGGGCUUCGCGGAGCCCCCGGCAGAGCCAGAAAAGGGCGUCAAAGGCGAACUCCGGUGGUAGCAGGGCGAGUGGGCAUCUCACUCCGUAGCCGGAAAGGCGUCCCUGGGUCGCACAGGCACAGGACCAGGCACAAAAGUCGCAAAGGGGGAGGGAAGGAUUGAGGCCAUUGGGCCGUUCCCAUGUUGACAUUUGCCCAACCCGUAUUAUCUGUCCCUGUAUGUACAUACUAUGUUGCUACAUGCCUUAUGCUAGCAGCGAUCUGGAACUUUCCAAGCCCGCUGUAUCAUAGCGCUCUCUCUCCCCCCCUGCUAGCAAAUCUCUCCUCUCCC